AUGGCUCCCUCCCCGAAUCAAUUAAAAGAACAGAAGCACUCGGAACAUGAGAAUAUUUCAAACAUGAUAGUGGUUAUGGUGGCAAAAGGUAAGGGAGAGGAGAGAGAGUCGAUUGUUACGGUUGAUGGCGACAAUAAAGAGAGGAAAAAGAGACAGUUGGUGGUGCUGGUCAUGGAUGACAGUAGAGAGAGAGAGUGGUCAUGGUUGGUAGCUGCGGUGUUGACAGAGUAA